AUCUGUACGUGCGCGCUCCCCGUGACGCACGCCUUUCAACAAGAUGCCUUCCGCGCGUACCCGCUCCACUGUCUCCGAUUCAGCCGCCGUAGUAGCAAUGGCAGGCACGUACGGCGGCUUCGCGUAGGAGGAGCUUGUGGCGUGUUUCCGCUAGGCCGUGAGCGAAAGGUACACACGGUAAUCUAUGAACCCUGACUCGGAAUUACUGAAUAGUAGUGAUAGAUUAGUUUCCAGCUAUUGAACGGCGCCAGAUAGAGUAGGAGUAGUUAAAUUGUUGUGCACAACGUGAGGCUGUUUGUUGGGAAGGAGUGGCAGCUUUGGACCGGGCACUGCUGCGAUGGAAGCCGAGUUGCAGGAUAUCGAUGAAAACGGGAGUUGGACGGAAAUCUAUCAGGAUAUUCGACAGCAGUCAUGUGAUCUGCCGUGCAAAGUUGCCAAACUACCUGAAAACAAGACUCGAAACCGCUACAGAGAUGUCAGCCCUUUUGACCACAGCAGAAUUCAUCUGCAGCUCGGUGCUAAUGACUACAUCAAUGCAAGUUUAAUAACUGUGGAGGAGGCACAGAGGAAGUACAUCCUCACUCAGGGACCCCUUCCAACAACAUGUGGCCAUUUCUGGGAAAUGGUUUGGGAGCAAAGGUCACGAGGUGUGGUGAUGCUCAACAGAGUCAUCGAAAAGGGCUCGAUCAAAUGUGCUCAGUAUUGGCCUCAGAAAGAGGCUAAGGAUGCUGUUUUUGAAGACACCAACUUUAAAGUCACCUUUGUUUCAGAAGACGUCAAAUCGUACUACACUGUUCGCCAGCUGGAGCUGGAAAAUCUUUGUACAGGAGAGACUCGUGAGAUCCUACAUUUUCACUACACUACCUGGCCGGAUUUUGGAGUACCAGAGUCUCCUGCUUCCUUCUUGAACUUCCUGUAUAAAGUUCGGGAAUCUGGCUGUCUGAACUCAGACCAAGGUCCUGUGGUAGUCCACUGCAGUGCCGGCAUUGGCCGCUCUGGGACCUUCUGUUUAGUGGAUACCUGCCUCAUAUUGAUGUCCAUGCGGCGGGAUCCUUCAUCUGUUCGUAUCCGUGACGUUUUACUGGAGAUGCGGCGUCACAGAAUGGGGCUGAUCCAGACUGCAGACCAGCUGCGCUUCUCCUACCUCGCUGUGAUCGAAGGCGCCAAGUACAUUGAUGGAGACAAGACUUUACAGGAUUCAUGGAAAGAGAUUUCAUAUGAAGAAGACGAGCCUCCAGAGUUCAGCCCUCCACCGCUGCCUCCGCCCAGAGACCACAAGGCCCAGCCGAUCAUCCUCCUUGGAUCUUCAAAAGAGCCAGAGCUGCGCCAGAGAACUAUUUCAUAUGGUGCUAAUCAUGUGGAUGACCCCGCUGGAGUCCAAGACACAAAUUCCACCCCGUCUCACCACGUCCACCCUUACUCACAGGAGGCCAAGACAGGGGAACCCCAAUGUCCCAAACGGGAGACUUCCAAAAUCGAGGAUGUUCCAGAAGCUGGAACGUGGUCGCCCUUCUUAACCAACGUGUGCCUGUACACCGCUGUGGCCCUCAGUGCAUACGCCUGCUACCGAGCCUAUUUCCACUGAUCUCUGUCCUCCAUUUUGGUUUGGUUUUGUUCACUCUGCUCUGUUCCUGAUGGAGUGGACUUUGCUGGAUGUUCUCACAGUUUUAAUAGAUUUAAUCGUAUUUCAGGUCGGGGCUGGGACUUUGACUAAAGGAGAUAUAUUAUGCAUUAUUGUGGUUUAUUUAAAUAGUUUUUUGGACCAGGGUUGUCACUCAUUAAAGGUGCACUAUGUAACUUUUCUAUUUGAGGGUCCACCAUUUGUUUGCCUACUUGAAGUUGUGGUUGCUUUGCCUAGAAUGUUCUAAAGAGUGGCAUUAAACUCAUUUGUUGCCAUGGAGCAGUGCUCAGGAAAAAGCAUGUUUUUCCAAGAUAUUUUCUUUAAUAAUAAAAAGUCUGUAAUUGGAUAAAUGUAAGAUGGAGAAGUUGAAUGCCAUGCUGCGGAACAUUCUGGCCUAUUGUGCAUGAUUUUGCAUAUGUGUACAAAUGCAUCCAGCUGAUGGUAACAGUUAUUUGAUCAAACAACCAAUAACUGAUUAAAGAAAUUGAACAGAAGGUGCUUCAGUUAAAACCAAGAAUUUGUCUAUUCAGAAGAAGCGGACCUCACCAACGAGGAUUAAACAUGAGUGAAUGAAAAGGCCACAAAAAUGGCAUGUCUGAAAGUAAAUUUUGCUUAAUAUAUCUCCUUUUAGAUGUGCACUAUGUAACUUUUGUGCUUGAGGGUUUGCUACUUGUUUGUUAUUUCGUUGCCUAACCUUAGAAUAUACCACAGUAUGGCAUUAAACCCAUCUAUCGUUAGGGAGAUGAGCAAGUGACAUCUUAAGACCAAGUUAUUGGUUGGCUCUGUGGCAAGGCAACCACAGUAAGAAUGCAGUUUUUUUUUUGUAAGCAAUACCAAAACAGAAUGCAAGAUCAGUUUAAUGUUAUACUGUGGAACAUUCCAGGCAAAGUAAUAACACAUGAAGAAAAGAGAAAAGCAGAAAGGUUACAAAGUGAACCUUUUGUUUCAGGGUUGGUAUGACAUAACUGCCAAUCCUCAUUCACCCAAAAAAAACGUUUUAUUAUUUUCAUGAAUUUGUUUAAUAAGUUGAUGCUCAGGGCUUUAGUUUUUCAGGUGUCACAUGAAACAGAAUGGAAAUACAAUAAUGUACAGUAGUGAUAAAGAAAAGAGAAGAUGCCCUAACUAUUUAAAAUGUCUGUUUAAAAUUACCAAAUAUUGUGUGCUCCUUGUACAAUUUUAUUUAGGAUGUCACAGUGUAAAAAUGUAAGAUUAUUAUGUAAAGAAACAGUGAUUUUAUACAAACACCAUUAUUAAUCAUGAAUAUAUAAAUUAAUACAUUCAAAUUCUAUUCAUUCACACUGACUAAUAUAGAUGACCAUAUUUCAUUCAAAGUUUCUUACAAAUCAGUGUUGUGUGUCCCAUAAAAUCUCAUGAUUGGCUUCAAAAAUCUAAAUCUGAUAUUUAAUUAUGAUUCAUAUUACUAAGUGUCAUAAGUAAAAUCGUUCAUCCCGACAUCCCUACAUUUCAUCCAAUCCGAAUGUAUUUUAAUUUCUACAUGGUCUAUACUAAAAGAGGGCUCAUUUAUUAGUGGCUGGACACGGGUUGUUGUGUGCUUAAGGGUUAAAGUUAUUUCUGGCCAACUUUUUAAAUGCAAAAGGCUCUGAUAAGGAUGUGUUAGAAAACUGGGCCGCAGCUACUAUGUCCUGUACUGUAGAUGUAUGUGAUUUUCUACUUUCAUUUAUUAUUUUUUUGUCGCCAGCAAUACAAAUACUCAAUAGCGUAACCCUUUAUCAGACUAUAGAGAUCUGAACGGGGAACCAGGGAUUGUGAGUAGGGCUGAAUGAACUUGGAAAAAUGUUGAAUAGCAAUUUUUUUUGACAAUUAUGUUUGAUUAAGGUCAAAUUUGUAAUGUAUUUAUAAAAUCAAUUCUUCAUUUUAAUACAUUUACAUUUGAGAGGCUGAAAUAUGAACACAACUAUUACCCGAAUCACUUUCAUUUCUGAACAUGUUUGUAGAGGGCUAAACUACAGGGUUAGCAGGUUUUAGACAGAUGAAAACUCUGGGCUGUUGCCAUAGCAAUUUAAACAAAAUAUAUUUUUUGACUGUUGGUGACCCAACAGAGACAAGAUAUUUAGUUGCAGUCUUUGAGAUUUGCUGAUUGCAACCAUUUAAAUUUUAAUUGCAGUUUCGAUUUGAUUUCCAUUUUUCAUUCAGCUCUAAUUGUGAACAAACCAAAAAUCCAACACCAGCACUGCAACUUGUAUAAUAUGCUGUUUCUAAUUGUGUGUACAUUUUUUUCUGAGCUGGCAAAGGCAUUAAGUUUUAUAUAAUUUAGAUUUUUCAUUUUUAGCAUGCUGCAUCUGUCACUUGGCGGGUUUGUCCUAAGAAGAGAUUUUUUUUUUGAGCUGCUAAGUUUCAGUUUAUGACUCAAAACAUUGUGGAGUCAAACAGCUGUACUUCUCAUUCGAAUGUAUUUGUCCCAUCUGAGGAUAUGCCCAUAUUAAAUAUAUAUUUUGUGUAAUCAA